AGCCAUGGAGCCGCCGGCGCGCCAUACGAACGACGACGGGUCGCGCACUACGAGUAGGGCGCUGGUCGGCUCCGAAACCCCCGAAGAAGAAGAAGAAGAGAAGAGGAAGAAGAAGAACAGAAUAAGAAAGAGGACGAGAAGCCGAAGAAGUAGCGGCGAGGAGGAAGAGAAGAGUGGCAGAAGAAAACGCGUUAACGACAAAUAAUUUUGUUUGAGACAAAUUAAAACGACUGGGGAUCCAGCCACCGAGGCUGCAAGAGAAGCGAGGAAGAAACCUAUCUCUCGGCGCUAAAAACAAGGAACAAGCUAUCUUCGUACGAUAUCGCGAGUGAACCAAGCGGACAGGAUGUCUUCAGCGGUCGCUAAAGCUUCUAAAUACACGUACCGUUCCACCGGCGGUGGUACUGCCGAUGUUAGCAUCGAAUACAGCGCCGACCUGAGCGCUCUCUCUAGACUGGAGGACAAAAUCCGCCUGCUGCAGGAUGACCUGGAGUCUGAGAGAGAGCUGCGUCAGAGGAUCGAACGCGAGCGCGCUGAUUUGAGCGUGCAAGUCAUCCAGCUGUCCGAACGUCUCGAAGAGGCGGAGGGUGGCGCCGAAUCUCAAUUCGAGAUCAACAAGAAGAGGGACACGGAACUGGCCAAAUUGCGCAAACUACUCGAAGAUGUUCAUCUCGAGAGUGAGGAGACCGCGCAUCUUCUGCGUAAAAAACACCAGGAAGUCGUUGUUGAUUUCCAAGAUCAGAUCGAUCAACUUUCUAAAGCACGUGCACGGGCUGAUAAGGAAAAAUCAAAGUUCCAACAAGAGGUAUAUGAACUCCUUGCUCAGCUUGACAAUGUCACCAAAGAAAAGCUAUUGUCGAUAAAGACUGUAGAAAAGCUCGAAGUACAUGUAGCUGAACUUAACGUGAAAAUUGAAGAAUUGAACCGUACCAUCAUCGACAUCACCAAUGUUAAAACCAGGAUCUCACAGGAAAAUAUUGAAUUGACGAAAGAAGUGCAAGAUUUGAAGGUUAACAUCGAGAACGCUGUUUACCUGAAAACUCAGAUCGCAGGUCAACUCGACGAUGCUCGUCGUCGUCUCGAGGAUGAGGAACGUCGUCGUUCAUUGGUUGAGGCCUCCUUACAUCAAGUUGAAUCGGAAUUGGAAUCUGUUCGUAUUCAAUUGGAAGAAGAAUCUGAGGCACGUUUGGACAUUGAACGUCAAUUGGUCAAAGCCAAUGGUGAAGUGCAAGUUUGGAGAUCUAAAUAUGAAACCGAAGCUAAUGCUCGUGCCGAAGAGGUAGAGGAGUUGCGUCGCAAGUACAGUGCUCGCAUUCAAGAACAGGAAGAGCAGAUUGAAACUCUGCUCGUCAAGAUCAACAAUCUCGAGAAGCAAAAAUCUCGUCUCCAAUCUGAAGUAGAAGUGUUGAUCAUCGAUUUGGAAAAGGCAAAUGGAACAGCUCGCGAACUGCAGAAACGCGUGGAACAAUUAGAGAAGAUCAAUGUCGAACUCAAAGCUCGUUUGGAUGAAAGCAUGGCAAUGUAUGAACAAAGCCAGCGUGAUCUCCGCAACAAACAACAGGAACUUCAGCGUUGCAACGCUGAACUCGACAAAACUCGCGAGUUGAAAGAUCAACUGGCUCGUGAAAACAAGAAAUUGGGAGAUGACUUGAACGAUGCUAAAAAUCAAUUAUCUGACAUGAAUCGUAGACUGCACGAAUUGGAACUUGAACUCCGCCGAUUGGAGAACGAACGCGAAGAACUUGCUGCUGCCUAUAAAGAAGCCGAAGCAGGACGUAAAAUUGAAGAACAACGCUCGCAGAGAUUGUCUGCCGAAUUGACUCAACUUCGUCACGAUUACGAACGUCGUCUGACUGAGAAAGAUGAAGAAAUCGAAAUCAUUCGCAAACAGACAAGUAUCGAGAUCGAGCAGCUGAACGCACGCGUGGUCGAGGCGGAGACGAAAUUGAAGACCGAGGUGCAGCGCGUGAAGAAGAAGUUACAGAUCCAGAUCACCGAAUUGGAACUGUCUCUGGACGUUGCGAACAAGAACAACAUCGAUUUGCAGAAGACCAUUAAGAAGCAAUCGCUCACUUUGACCGAACUCCAAGCCCACUACGAUGAAGUUCAACGCCAACUACAGGUUACUCUGGACCAAUUAGGCAUCAGUCAACGGCGCUUGCAAUCAUUGACAGCCGAGCUCGAGGAAGUGCGCGGCAAUUACGAUUCUGCCCUCCGUGCAAAGAGAACUGUCGAGCAACAAUACGAGGAAUCGGUUAGCCGUAUCAACGAGCUAACCACUAUAAACGCGAAUAUCGUCACAUCAAAAGCGAAACUUGAACAAGAACUAUCUACCCUGGCUGGCGAUUACGAGGAAGUGACUAAGGAGCUGAGAGUGAGCGACGAGAGAUACCAACGGGUACAAACUGAACUGAAACAUACCGUCGAGAUUUUGCACGAGGAACAAGAGCGUAUCGUAAAGAUCGAGGCCAUUAAGAAAUCCCUCGAAAUCGAAGUGAAAAACCUAUCAGUGAGGUUGGAGGAAGUCGAAGCAAAUGCUAUCGUUGGUGGUAAGCGUAUCAUCAGCAAACUCGAGGCUAGGAUUCGCGAUUUGGAGUUAGAACUCGACGAAGAGAAGCGCCGACACUCCGAAACCGUGAAGAUUCUUCGCAAGAAAGAACGCAACAUCAAGGAGGUGAUGAUUCAGGUUGAAGAGGAUGCGAAGAACAUUGCAUUGUUGCAAGAAUCGUUGGACAAAGCAUCCCAAAAAGUGAAUCUCUACAAGAGGCAAUUGCAAGAGCAAGAGGGCAUGUCUCAACAGAGCGUGACCAGGGUCCGCCGAUUCCAAAGAGAACUGGAAGCUGCUGAAGACCGAGCUGACACGGCUGAAAGCAAUUUGACUCUGAUCCGUGCAAAACACCGCAGUUUCGUCACCACAUCUAGCGUGCCCGGUUCUCAGGUGUACCUCGUCCAGGAGACGAGGUCUGACCUGUAAAAACGCCACCACCAUCGACACUCCACCCUUCGCCACUUCGAACGUCACCUUGUCGUCUUUAGAAACGUACGUCUGAUUAAUUUAAUUAAUCGUGAUGGAAAUUUGCUCUCAAAAGCAUUAGCACUAUAUAACUUACAACAUCCACUAUACAAAUUCUAAUUUAUCUCUUUGAUAAAUAAAAUAUAUUCUACAGACAUACUACAUUUAUUAUUAUUCAGAUGAACAAUUAUAUAUUAUUUUAUCAUUUUAUUAUUUAAUUCCUCCUUCAGUCAUUAAAAUUUUUCGGAUUAAGAGGUUUAAGAUAAAUGUAAAAUUAAACUUACGAACCAAUGAUAUUAAUUGAUAAAAAUAACAAUAAAGCUCAUAUCUUUUUUUUUACGAAUAUGUACAGGUGUAACGAGCAAACGACGAAAAAAAGGAAGAGCCUCGAUAUAUCAUCAUGAAUUGAAAAGAUCGAGGAGAGUUUUCAACGGGCUAGAUAGAGAAAAAAAAAUAACAAAGAAAAAAAAGAAGAACGCCAAAGAUGUAUCAUCUUAAUUUAAUUUUUACUAUGAGAAAACUCAACGACCCGUCGAAAAUUCAAAAUAUUUGGCCAACGAAACGCGGUACCCGUCGCAACGAACCAAACAAAUGCAAAAAGGCAUCAUGAAAAAAGAAUCAUCGCGAAGCACAAAAAUAUCAUCGCUAUUUGAAUAAAUAGAUUUAAAAAUUUAAAAUGUGAAAAAAAUUAUAUAUAUAUAUAUUUAUAUAUAUAUAUAUAUAUAUAUUUAUAUAUAUAUAUAUACAUACACAUAUUAUAUAAUAUAUACAAGCAAAAGAGAAAUCGACAACGAUUCGUUAUAUCUUCCUUAUUAUCUAUUAUGUCAGCAUCACGAAGCGUAAGGAGUGGAAAAAUAAAUAAACAAGGAAAAAUAUAAAAGAAAAUAAAAAAAAGAACGCGAUGUAGAUUCAACUAUUUUUCUGUCUCUCUCUUUCUCCUUACGCCUCUUUGAUCGCGCGUGUCGCACUUGUAUUUAAAUGGAUUAACUUUAAUUCUUCUAUUAUUAUAUUAUAGAUAGGUAUUAUUGCCCAUACACACAACUCUCACUGUACGACAUACACGAUAACCUGUGUCAAACAAUAAUUUAAUAAAUAAACUGAAACACGUACGUACGAA